AUGGUAGACAAGGAGACAGAGGUCCAGAGGGCCAAACUGGCCGAGCAGGCCGAGCGUUACGACGACAUGGCCCACGCUAUGAAGUUGGUGACGGAGAAAUGUUGUGAGCUGAGCAAUGAGGAGCGCAAUCUGCUCUCCGUGGCCUACAAAAACGUAGUGGGCGCCCGGAGGUCCUCGUGGAGGGUGAUGUCCAACAUUGAGGGUAAGGCAGAUGAGCUAUGCAAGGCCAACCACGCCAAGGAGUACAAGCAGAAGAUAGAGAAGGAGCUCAACGACAUUUGCCAUGAGGUUUUGGGACUCCUCGACAAUUACCUGAUUAAAAAUGCCCAGGAUUCUGACAGCAAGGUCUUCUACCUGAAGAUGAAGGGCGACUACUACCGCUACCUGGCCGAGGUUGCCUGUGACAAAAAGCAAGAAAUCGAGUGCUCAAAAGAGGCAUACCAGAGUGCCUUGGACAUCAGCAAAAAGGAGAUGCAGUCCACUCAUCCCAUCCGCCUCGGCCUGGCGCUCAACUUCUCAGUCUUCUACUACGAGAUCGUCAACUCGCCCGAAGAGGCCUGCAAACUCGCCAAAAAUGCCUUUGAUGACGCCAUUGCCGAACUGGAUAGUCUCAGCAGCGACUCCUACAAAGAUAGCACUUUGAUCAUGCAGCUGCUUCGUGACAAUCUAACUCUAUGGAUGGCUGACACACAGAAUGAAGGCGAAGACGCCGACGCCCAAGCAGAGGUGACGCCAGAGGCCGACAACAACUGA